ACUCGAUCUAAGUAGGCCCUGGCCGCGAUCGCGAGAUCCGCGCUAUCCAAAUCGAAACAACUGACGUUCGGCGGUGUCCCGCCAAUCACACCAUACCUCGACCCAGGUCCGCGGUUCUUUGUUUCGUACUAAAAUGAGUGAACUGCGGUACUUUUCGGCCGGUUUUGAGUGAAUGUUAUGGAAACGUGAGUGAAAAUCAUGGGGUUUUCGUCCAAUCUACAGGGCAAAAUAGCUCACGAAGCUCUUUUGUCCAGACAAGACGCCGAAUUGAGAUUGCUUGAGUCCACGAAAAGAUGCAUUACGCUCAAAGUGAAAAGUGACCGAGAGUAUGCUACGGCUCUAAGUUCUGUCGCCGCUCAGGGACUCAAGUUUGAUAGGAGCGAUGAAUUGUCAGUUUCCAAGGUAGUUCACGUCGUUUUUCCCAACCAAGUGUAG